GCAGCUGCGAGUGUGUGUGUGUGCGUGUGUAUGUGCAUGAGAAAUAGUGUGUGAACAGAGGGAUGCAGUCAUGUCUCUGUGAGAGGGAGCAGCACAGCAACGGUAACCAUGCUGAGCCCCAAGAUAAAACAGGCACGCCGGGCACGGUCCAAGAGCAUGGUGCUUGGGGAGUUGUCCCGGGUUUCCAGGCCCUGUUCUCCUCUGGAUCAGGAGAAAGCUCUGAAGGCAGGCUGGCUGAAGAGACAACGAAGCAUCAUGAAAAACUGGCAGCUGCGUUGGUUUGUGCUGCGGACUGAAGCACUGUAUUUCUACAAGGACCAGGAUGAGACCAAGGCACAGGGUUGUAUUCCUCUUCAGGGCAGUCAGGUUAAUGAGCUGCCUGCCAAUCAAGACGAGCCUGGUCGCCACCUUUUUGAAAUUGUUCCAGGAGGAACAGGAGAAAAGGAUCGAACGGGUAUAAGCCACGAAUCUUUCCUGCUGAUGGCCACCUCUCAGAGUGACAUGGAGGAAUGGGUCAGAGCCAUACGCAGAGUUAUAUGGGCCCCACUUGGAGGAGGUGUGUUUGGGCAGCACUUAGAGGAGACAAUGUUAUAUGAGGGCCAAUGUGGCCCCCAGCGACUGGUCCCUGUGCUGGUCGAACAGUGUGUGUGUUUCAUACGUGAACAUGGGCUUGAGGAGGAGGGCCUUUUCAGGGCGCCCGGACAGACCAAUCACGUGCGAGAAUUGCAGGAUACAUUUGACCGUGGCGAGAAGCCAGUGUUUGACAGUACCACAGAUGUCCACACAGUGGCAUCACUGCUGAAGCUGUACAUACGGGAGCUGCCUGAGCCUGUAAUCCCUUUCUCCAAAUACACACAAUUUCUCUCUUGUGCUCAGCUACUUACCAAGGAUAAAGAAAUGGGUAUCAUAGAGCUAGGCAAGCAGGUGAAAUCCCUUCCUCAGGUCAACUACAACCUCCUUAAAUACAUCUGCAAAUUUCUGGAUGAAGUUCAGUCCCACUCUAUUGAGAAUAAGAUGAGUGUUCAGAACCUGGCCACUGUGUUCGGACCCAAUAUCCUUCGGCCCCGAGUGGAGGAUCCAGUUACCAUGAUGGAAGGAAGUUCACAGGUGCAGCACCUGAUGACUGUGCUGAUAAGUGAACACUCCCGGCUCUACCAGUGUGAGGAACCUGAAACUCAGACCGAGAUUCACCAACAGCAACAGCAAAGUCUUAUCCAACGCUCCAAAGUGGAAUGGGUCUCGCAAGAGAAAACUGACAACCCAUCACCCUCAGGCACUGGCUCCAAAACCCCUAAAGAGAAAUCCCAACCUUCUACUCCCUCUUCAGAAAAUAAGCCUACUGCACCAAGUCCCAUUACAACAUCUGAGAAGAGUGAGGACAGUCAGAUUGAAGGGAAAAGCAAGGGUAAGACAGAGGAGAAAGUGGAUGGGAAAACAGAUAGCAAAAGUGAGGGAAAUGUUGGAAGUGAAGUAGCUAUUAGCCCCAGUAAACAGUCCAAAGCUCUUCCCUCCUGGAGGUGUUCCUUCAAGGGCAGUGCAGCAUCUGGGGGGACAAGGGGAAAAAUAGGGGGGUCAGCAGGAGAUGUGUCAGCAGCUGGUGGGAGCAACUGGCUGAUGAAUGGCCUGUCGUCCCUGCGAGCUCACAGGCGCACAACCUCUUCUGGUGAAAGACUAAAAGACUCUAUGAAGGAUUCAACCCUCUCCCUUAAAGAAACCACACUUUCACUUAAGGACUCGCAUAGAGACUCUGAUGAAGACUCCUCUCGAACAUCUCUCUCUCACAGAGCACUCCACCAAUCCCAUAGACUGUCUGCCUAUGACAACGUUGCUCCCUCCAGUCUAAGCUUGCCUGCUGACACCUCCAUCUGGACCUCCUUUGAGAUCUCAUUGACUGAGCCAGAGAGAAGCGAUAAGGCAGAGAAAUUAGGGCAGGGUCAAGAGAGACCCACAGAGGUGAGGGACAGUCCAACUGCUCUGGAUUACAACACAAGCAGCACUGAGGAUGAUCUCACUGGAACAAAUGAGGGUCUUGCUGACCUAGUGACUGAGCUCAAGCAGGAACUGAAGAAACAGAGAGUGGGCUUUGAAACCUCCAUUCACAAGUUGGAGGAGUCCUGCUAUAAAUACCAGUCCCAAGUAAACCGACUGGAGGAGGAGCUGGACCAGGAGAAGAAGAAGUUCAACAUGCUGGAGAUCCGACUCAGGAACUCGGAGAGGGCACAUCAAGACGCAGAGAGCCGAAACAUUCUCCUCCAGAAGGAGAUGGAGGAGUUCUUCAAAACCCUGGGAGAUCUGACUACAGGUACACCGCGGACCAACUAGACCAGACAAACCUGCCUUCACCUGGUCCAU